AAGAUCUGUAUCAGCGAAGGGCGGCCUCCUAUGCUAGUCCAGGUGCAAAACGUCACUUGUGGCCUACAGGUCAUAGGUACGCAACGACCUCAAGAGGGCAUUAAGAUUGCUGAUCUGAAUCCCUGUCCGCUGAAAGUUUGCUGCUCAGGAUGGGGAUAUUGUAGUCUUACUGACGACUUCUGCACGGAUAUAAGCAUCGACAACACUCCUGGAACAUAUGAGCCGAAUACGAACGGUUGCAUCUCUAACUGCGGCAAGAUCGAGAUUAUUAACAACAACACGCUACCGGAGAACUUUAUUCGAGUAGGAUACUUUGAGGCCUGGAAUAGUAACCGUCCUUGUCUCAAUAUGGACGUCACGGAAGUAAAAGACCCGAUCACGUAUAUUCACUUUGCAUUCGGUUAUAUCAACGAAGACUUCGUCCCUAGUACUGACCCGGAAGUUACCGAGCAAUGGGUUAAGUUCCUGGGAAUGUUAGGUCCGAAGAAGAUUAUUUCAUUUGGAGGUUGGGUAUUCUCUAACGAGCCGGGAACAUUAUAUAUAAUGCGACAGGGCGUUAAACCUGCGAAUAGACAGAAGUUCGCCGAUAACAUUAUUAAGUUUGUUAUUGAUAACAAGCUCGACGGCGUCGACUUUGAUUGGGAGUACCCUAGCGCUGAUGAUAUUGAGGGCUCCGAUCCGGGUACUAAAGAAGAUGGUAUUAACUAUCUGAAGUUCUUGACAACAGUCCGUAAUGGUUUGCUAAAGGAGAAGUCCUUGGCUAUUGCCGCGCCGGCCUCCUACUGGUACCUGCGCUACUUUCCGAUUGACCAGAUAGCUAAGAUCCUUAGCUAUAUCGUUUAUAUAACGUACGAUUUGCACGGUAAGUCCGCUCCCAACGCCAGCACCGGUUGUGCUAAUAGCGAUUGUCUGCGGUUACACGUCAACAUUACGGAGACGAUUAACUCGCUUAUAAUAAUUACGCGAGCCGGCGUGUCCUCGACCAAGGUUAUCGUGGGUAUUAUAAGCUAUGGACGUAGCUUUAAGAUGGCAGACGCGAACUGCUGGGGGCUAUCGUGUCUAUACCUUGGCUCGCGUAAUAACUCGCCUACUCAACCCGGAAAGUGCACUAACAUAGGCGGCUAUAUUACGAACGGCGAGAUUGACGAGAUUAUUAAGCGCAAGGCCACACCGAUUAAGCAGAUAUUUAACAAGGAGUCUAACUCUAACAUCCUUAUCUAUAACAAUGUGGAGUACGUUGGCUAUAUAAGCUAGGAGAGUAAGGACCGCCGUGUCCAGAAGUAUAAGGGCCUUAAUUUUGGCGGCGCGACCGAUUGGGCCGUGGAUCUUAUGGGAGACACUUCGCCGGGAUCUAACGACGACGACGUGGUCUACAUCGGCACGCCUGUCUACACGUAUCCGUCUAUAGGAUGCACUGCCCCUUGCACCAUUGUGCUGGCCCCGAGCCCGCUGGAUUCCAAGACUGUUAUCUCGAUUUCCCUAUACAUAACAUUACUGCAAGUUGGCACGACCACGACGACAAUCACCGUUAAGGUGCC